GGGAAGCAGGUCGUGUAUUGAGGUUAGGAAAAGUGUUUUUUUUUUUAAUAAUAAAAAUAGCGAGUCUUAAUGAUAGUGUAACAACACGAUAGAUUUCGCCAUGACAAAUACAACAGAAAAUAUUGUGGCCGAAUUUUAUCAAGACCAUUACAAGAUGGCGGACGGUAAAAUAGCAGUUCCCGCGCAAUGUCACUAUUUGAAUAUGGAACAAAAGGAGGUUUUAGUUUUCUCGACAAAUUUGGCAAUGGCUACCGCUCGUUCAGGAAUCAAUUUGUUCAUUGACAAUAUUGGUUAUUUAUUAUUGACUGGAACAAUAUUAUUUUGGUUAUACGUUUUAUACAAGAGUUAUUUGAGUCCACCGAUUUAUGUGAAGGAACUGACUGACAUUGGAUUCGAACAUAUAAGUGGUAAAAGAGACAGGGCUAUGAAUAUCAACAGAGUACAGAGCGCGAAGCAGUUAGGAAAUAAGCUUCCACCUCCCUACCCUAAUGGCUGGUUCGCUGUCGCCGAGAGUAGAGACCUCAAAGUUGGCAAGAUGGUCUCCGUCGAUGCGUUAGGAUUAAACCUCUGCGUAUACCGUGGUGAGGACGGCGUGGCUCGCUGUGUGGAGGCAUAUUGCCCACACUUGGGCGCCAACCUGGCUAUCGGUGGCACGGUCAGCGGCAGCUGCAUCACAUGUCCUUUCCACCAGUGGAGGUUCAACGCAGAUGGACAAUGCGUUGGCAUACCUAAUGUUGCAACUGUGCCGGCAGGUAUCAGCAUCAAGAAGUACCACACAAUGGAGGUGGACGGCGCGGUGUGGGUGUGGCACGACGCAGAGGGUCGUGACCCGCUCUGGAAGGUGCCUGAAGUCCCGGAGAUGAAGUACAUGAGUUUUAGAGGCAGGAAUGAGUUCAUGAUCAACGCUCAUAUACAGGAGAUACCAGAGAACGGAGCCGAUGUGGCUCAUCUAAACGCUCUGCAUUCUACGUCAAUGCUCACUGAUAUUGGAAAUAGAAUCCCGAUGUUACAAAAUAUCAUUGGUCAGCACAUUUGGGCGGCGGAGUGGUGUCGUGGUGAGAAGGCACACGAGGCGCACAUAUUGAUCGAGCAUAAGUAUAUUGUGCUCAAAUACGACGUCUUCCCAAUGAAAGUCGCUGUGACACAGAUCGGUCCGAGCCACGUGAGGUUGCACUUCGAAAGUCCACUUGGCUCGCUGCUGGUGGCUCAGUCAGUGACACCUCUCAGUCCGUUACUGCAGCGAGUUGUGACUCGUGUCUUCACGCCAAACUACAACGCGGUGUUUGGAGCGUUUACGGUCCUUGCUGAGGCUGUGCAGUUUAAGCGCGACGUAGCGAUUUGGAACAGCAAGCGCUAUGUGAGCGCGCCCGCGUACGUUCGCUCCGACAAAACAAUCCGCGCUUUCCGCGCCUGGUUCAUGCAGUUCUACAGCGAGAGUAGCAUCUCUCUAAAGCAGGCAAUGCAGAAACCACUUGACUGGUGACCGAUAGAUGGCGUGCAAACUAAUCGGGGAAAUAUGUACUAAGUAGCGGUAGAUGGCGUGGAAACGAAUUAAAAUUAAGUACUAAUAACUAGCGAUAGAUGGCGUGCUUACUA